GAAGGGCGCUUACAGGAUUACGCACAUAUGAGACGGCAAUACCAGUUAUCAUUUCGCCUAUUUCACGGCCGUUCAAAGACACUUUUAGUCGUUAUUUGAAGGAAAACUUCACUUAUUCACAGGAUUCAUUUAAUAAAUUAAUGGACAUUUCGCUCCUGCGUUUAACAAAGGUGUAAAAUGAAUGACGGACUUGAGACAAACAUCACUUUUGUAUAUGACAACAGGACUUUUACAGACACCUUCAAGGAACACCUCAUACCCAAGAGCAACAUAACCUAUGUGGGAUUUUACCUUCACCAGCCAUCCAUAGCAGCCAUAUUUAUAGUGUCCUACCUUCUAAUCUUCCUGGUGUGCAUGGUUGGAAAUGGAGUUGUGUGUUUUCUUGUGCUGCGGAGCAAAAACAUGCGGACUGUCACCAACCUGUUCAUUCUCAACCUGGCAGUCAGUGACCUUCUAGUUGGGAUCUUCUGUAUGCCUACCACACUUCUUGAUAACAUAAUUACAGGAUGGCCAUUUGGAAGUUUGGUGUGCAAGAUGAGUGGCAUGGUUCAAGGAAUCUCGGUUUCCGCAUCGGUCUUCACUCUUGUUGCCAUUGCUGUUGACAGAUUCCGAUGCAUCGUCUACCCUUUCAAGCAAAAACUUGCUCUGUCAACAGCCACAGUGAUCAUAGUGAUCAUCUGGGUCCUGGCUGUGUCCAUCAUGUGUCCCUCUGGGGUCAUGCUACAAGUGACAAAGGAGCAAACCGUCCGUAUCCUACUGGGAGACGGCAACCAAACACGCCCUUUUUACUGGUGCAGAGAAAACUGGCCAAGCCAAGAAAUGCGUAAGAUUUACACCACAGUUCUGUUUGCCAACAUCUACCUUGCGCCUUUAUCCCUCAUUGUGAUCAUGUACGCCCGUAUCGGCAUUACUCUGUUUAAAACUGCGGUUCCAACGGUUGGCAAGCCUGGCCACGAUAACCGCAAUAUGGUGUCAAAGAAAAAACUGAGGGUCAUUAAGAUGCUUUUGAUCGUAGCAUUACUGUUCAUCGUGUCCUGGCUCCCCUUGUGGACACUGAUGAUGCUGAGUGACUAUGCCAGACUCACCGAGCAUCAGCACCGAGUCAUAAACAUUUACAUUUACCCCUUUGCACACUGGCUGGCUUUCUUCAACAGUAGCGUGAACCCGAUUAUUUACGGGUUCUUCAAUGAGAAUUUCCGCCGGGGGUUCCAGGCGGUCUUCAAGUUCAGCUUGGGCACGGCCGAGGGGCACGGCCGACAGACCUACUCACACGGAGCGCUGGAAAACUCUGUGCUGCCCGCCAGCCCCCAGGCCAGCACAAAGCCUUUGUCCAUCAACACUGUGGACGACAAUGGACGGGUCAUUGAGCAAGAUGUAGUCAUGGAUGAUCUGAAAAGGGUCUCUCGAAGCAGUGAUAGUGUGACUGUGUUCUCUAUUUGAGGAGAGGAUUGUAAACAUCCUCUGGGGGGGAAGUUGUGUAAAACAUUUGACGUCAUGCAAAAACAUGACGCAAACAUGGUGGUUUCAUGAGUUCAUUCUGGUUGUACUGCAUUUACUUCAUCAAGAUGCUUCAGUCGGACUUAUGUAACUCUGAAAUGGAGGAUGUGUUUAUAUGACAUUCUAUUGAGCUCUUAGCUUGAUUUUAUAUCUCAAAACAUCUCAUUCAACUGAGUUCUCAUAGAGACUAUACAGUGCAGUUUUAGUGGUGCCCUAUUGAAUCGGUACAUUUUCAGUACAUGUUUAACAUUAUGUUAUGUGAUUACUAGCCUUGUGAGUCAUUUAGCAUUUUUACUUUCUGCAAAAGUCUGUACUGUAUUGUACUAGUAACUUUGGGAAUUAAUGAGUUUAAGCAAAGACAAUAA